UUGUUAUUGUUUGUAUUGACUGUGAGUUUAGUGUAUGUAUUGAGUGAUUAUUGUCUGACAUUUGUUGUUGUGUUUGACAACUAUUUUAUUGUUAUCUUUACUGAUGUCUUCAUUUCAAACUCUUUUGAUUAACAAACGUCUCAAUCAAUGAUAACAAGUGGUGUGUCUUUCAUGACGAAUGUGUUGUGAUUUAUGACAACAAUUGAUUUGAUACCAAAUCGAUGGCUAAACAAGUGAUUGGCAGCUCUCAAGACGUUUGUGCCGAUUGUGGCGCUAAUGAUCCCAAUUGGGUUUCAAUUAACCGCGGAGUUGUCAUUUGUGACGAUUGUUGUCUUAUUCAUCGAAGUUUGGGUCGACACAUAUCUCAAGUAAAGUCAAUUAAUGGCAGCGUUUGGCGUCCGACUCAGAUUCAAAUGAUAAAUGAAUUGUUAAGAAGUGGAUCCAACUCUAUAUGGGAACACACAUUACUCGAUCCGUUGACCGGUAAGUCAGGUGUGCGACGGAAACCAUCGGCCAAAGACUCAAUACAUCCGAAUAAAAGUGAAUUCAUUCGCGCGAAAUACCAAAACCUUUCAUUCAUUAACCGCUCGACAAAUAAAGACGAAUCUGAAACUGAUAUCAACGAACAGUUGCACUCAAGUGUUAGAACUCCUAAUUUAAAGACCAGUCUUAGAUUGCUUGCAUCGGGAGCUGAUCUUAAUUAUAUUCAUAACGAGAAAUAUAAUUCACCGCUUCAUAUGGCAGCCAAAUCGAGACAGAUCUCACAAAUUGAAUUAUUAUUAGUCUAUGGCGCCAAUCCUUGUAUUGUCGAUGUUAGAGGAAGGACACCAAUAGAUUAUGCAAAAGAUGCCAAUUAUGGUGAUAUUGUUGAUUGUUUGGUUGAAAGUCAAUAUGAAUUAAGCGAUAGAUUAACAUAUUUUGUGUGCGGAAGUGUUCCCAACCAUAAAUCUGGUCAACACUUUCUUGUGCCAGAAAUGGUUGAUUCCAGUGAUCAAACACACGAAUCGCGACUUAAACUACAGUCUUUGUCGAACAAAAUAUUUGAAGAAUUGUGUCGCGAUGUUUAUGAUGAAGUCGAUCGCAGAGAAAUUGAUGCCAUAAUUAAUACUAAUUUAACUCAAACUAACAACGGCUCACACGAUAAACAAUUGGUUCCCUUUCUUCCCGUUAAUCCGAAUUUCACUUCAACCAGAAAUCAGGGCCGACAGAAGUUGGCCCGACUUAAUGGUAAAGAAUUCGCACAACUCAUCAUUGAUGUCUUAUACGAAAUAAGACGACGACUUAAUUGCAAUACUGAUGCAACUGUUAGUACAAACAUAAAUAAAUCUCUUUUGAUAACAAAUAACGAUAAAAAACAAAAAACUAUUUCUGAUGGAAGUUCUGAUUACGAUUCCGAACCACUUUAUGACAGCGUUGCCUCCGAUGACGAUAAUUUUGAUUAUAAAACUUUAGUUAAUAAAAAUUCAAAAUCAAUGGCAAAUUUUAAACGAUUUUAUGGGAAAUCGUUGUCAAAGGAGUCGAUGGGUUCAGUAAAUGUUGAAGAAUAUUCAUCUUUGAAAAAUCAAUUGAGUCGUUCGGAUUCAUUAAUCCAAGAACUAGUUUUAGGUAAUCAAGACAUGAGAUAUGAGAUAACAAGAUUGCAAGUAAUGGUCCAAAAGUUGAUUGACGAGAACGCACAGUUGAGGUCUGUUGUCAUUCCCAAGAAUCACAACAACAUUCAAUUGAAAGACAAUCCCAUUGAAGGCCCGCCAGAAAUAUUUCCCCGAAAUUCAGUCAAAUCAUUAACAAUUCGACCGCAAUCUAUGAUCAAUGAAAGAUCGGCCACAGCUUCACCAACUUCGCCAACGAAAACUUCUUCUUCUCUCAAUAAUUUACAACAAAACUCGUCUCAGAGAUCAUCCUUUAUAUCUAGUCUUCCGAAACAUAGCCUUUCAAACAAUGAAAUUCACUCACAAUAUAAUCACAUUAACGAAACAACGACAACAUUAUUCUCUGGAGAGUCAUCUUAUCGAAUGCCGUUUCCCAUUAAAGAAGAUGUUUUCCGCAGAACGGAACUAAUAACUCGUUGUAUACAUGAAUUGCUAACCACUGCACAGGAAGGCAGAGAUGAAGAUUUUGAAUCGUGUUCUGACAGAAUCAGUGUUGCCGUCAGUCAAAUGAUUAGCAUAUUUCCGGAGUCUAUUGUUGAGAUACCGAAGCAUCCAAACGGUGAACAAAUAUAUUUGGCUUUAAAUCAAUUACACAGCAGUGCCUUAAAAUUGAGAGUCGAGUGUCGGACUUCACUAAACAUAAAUUUAUUGCCGCAACACAUGAAACAAGACUAUCGAGUGAUUUACCAGAAAGUGAUUGAGAGUGCCUUCGAGAUCGCUAAGUCCGCCAAAAAUCUGGUCACACUAUUCCAGUGAUUCCAAAUUAGCGACCAUUUCUUCACUUAUUUUACAUAACAUAUGAA